UGAAGGCGGCAUAGGACUAUACCGGUGGUGCUGUGAUAUUGAGAGGUCAUACAUUUUCAAUAAACGCUGAAAGUAAGCCAGCCAGGAUGUCUGGAGAACUGUCGCUCAACAUAAACAUCAAGGAGCCACGAUGGGAUCAAGGCACGUUCAUGGGGCGCGCCCAGCACUUCUUCAUGGUCACAGAUCCCAGGAACAUCUUGCUGUCAUCUGAGACCCUGGAGGAGGCCAGGGUGACCGUGGAGAACUACAGAGCUGGGAUAGUGAAGCCUGGGCUCACAGAGGACGAGCUCUGGAGAGCCAAGUACGUCUACGACUCUGCCUUCCACCCCGACACUGGGGAGAAGAUGUUUGUGAUUGGCCGAAUGUCUGCUCAGGUGCCAAUGAACAUGUCCAUCACAGGCUGCAUGCUUACCUUCUACAGGACUACUCCGGCAGUGGUGUUCUGGCAGUGGGUCAACCAGUCCUUCAACGCUGUGGUCAACUACACCAACCGCAGUGGAGAUGCCCCCAUGACCGUGAAUCAGCUGGGUGCAGCCUAUGUCAGUGCAACAACAGGAGCCGUGGUCACAGCCCUGGGACUGAAGUCUCUAGCCAAGCAUCUCCCUCCAAUUGUCAGCCGAUUCGUCCCUUUUGCUGCUGUCGCUGCUGCCAACUGCAUCAACAUCCCCUUCAUGAGACAGAGGGAGUUGAAGUACGGUAUCCCUGUGACAGAUGAGAAUGGUAACAGGUUAGGAGAGUCUGCCAACGCCGCCAAGCAGGCCAUUGUACAAGUGGUGGUGUCCCGGAUCGGCAUGGCGGUGCCAGCCAUGGCCAUCCCCCCUGUUAUUAUGAACGCUCUAGAAAAGAGAGCUUUCAUGAAGCGGUUCCCACUCCUAAAUGCUCCAGUUCAAGUGGGCCUGGUUGGUCUGUGCCUGGUGUUUGCCACUCCUUUGUGCUGUGCCCUGUUCCCCCAGAAGAGCUCAAUGGGUUUGGGCAGCCUGGAGCCAGAUCUGCAAGAGAGGAUACGAAAAACCAAUCCCGAUAUUACCUCUGUCUACUUCAACAAGGGCCUGUAGGACCAGCACUUCAACAUGCACACAUGCAAACAAACAGGUCUACACACAUGCACACACUCAUACAGACACACACAUAUACAUGCAUACAUACAUGCAGCAGCUCUCCGAUGAAUCCAUAGUGGGCACAAGUCAGAGGGCAAAACAAAAUUUAUUUAUGCAUAUAUAUAAAUGUGUUUUUUUUUUUUUCUGUGUACUAUAUUUGUUCUUGGCUUUGAUUACAUGGACCUACUCCAAGGGUACUGAUGUAAGAGGUAAAGGUGGAGGGCAUCUCAAAUGUAGUUCUUUGUCUUCUUUGCAUGAAUGCAAGGGGGCAGAAUCAACUAAUUUGACCACUUGAAAAAGAGGAGUCACUGAAGGGGAAGCAGUAGACGUCGAGGCAGAAGGAUUAGCGACAUUCUCUCUGUAUACAGCAGGCAGUAUUCAGGAAAAAAAAUGCACUCGUUGUUUUUGUGUGUUUUCCUUCUUCCUCUCAAGAUCACUCAUUUUUUUUUUUUUUUAAACUCUGAAUGUCAUGUUUAUAAGGUCAUGUUGUGUUCAGGUUCGUGAGCAUUUUUUUCUCCCAUUAAUGAUUUGUAUUUUAAGAUCAGAGGUGAAGUUCAAAAUUGAAGAUUUGUGCAUUGUAAGUCAUGUUGGUAAUUGAUCCUGAAUGUAACGCCUUGUGCUCCACAUGUCCCCUCUCUUCGAUCCCAUCUUUUCAAACCGUGGCUAUUUAUUGUUACUAUGUUGUUUUUUUGUUUUGUUCGGUAGAUAAUAAGAUAAUAUACUGGGAUCUUAAGAACUGAGUAAUGUUUUGCCUCUGAUUUUGUUUCCACCUCAUUGUUCCACCAUAUAGUGAAAUUGAUAAACACUUUUGAUAGACCAACCCCCGAUGAACGAGCUCCUCUUGGUUUACUCUGCCCCCUUGUUGCACAGUGCAGCUUUUAAAACUCCAGCUCUCCUUUGAAGUGUACUUAUCCUCCACUUUCUUUCACCAGGUUAUGAGGUGCUAGGUACAUGUGGCAAAGAAAACCUGUAGAAAUCAAACAACAUUGCAAGAGCACUCCUAGCGCACAAAGCACAUCCAUAAUAUAUUAGCUAACUCUGUUGCCAUGACAGCGACAACCUGUCUGUGGCACAUUUCAAGGCCUUCAUUGAUUGGACAUCACUUUAUAAACUAGGUCAGUCACUCUCAGGUGACAUGCCAAUGAUUUUUUUGAUUGUUGUUACUGUUGGUGCUGUGUGGUGGUUUUGUCCAAGGUGGAGAGGAAUGUAUUGUGUUGUCUAAAUUUUAUCACUAAGAAAAUGCUGCAGCGAUUGCUAAUCUGCAUACUGAGUAUGGCCAUGUGUGUGUAUAUGAACUCUUAAAGGGGGGGUAUUACAGAAAAUAGGCUUUUCCCAGUUUUGGCCUAGAUAUUAAAGUUUUGGGUUUCAUUUAAAUGAUAUGAAAAGAUGGUGCUGGUACUACUUGCUACCUGAUAAUGUUUCCUGUGGAAAAGAAUGUCAGUCAAGAAAAACAAUCAGUCAGAACUGGCCUUAUCAAAAAUCAGCCAGUCACAUACAAUCUAAAAAUUGCAUCAGCCCUGUGAGGCAGCAGCCACUGUUAAUACCAGGGUAGGGCCACCAAUAUUACCAGCCAAUCAGCUGCCAGUGGCUCAUUAAUAAUGAAUGAAUGUCUUGAAAACUGAUUGUUACCAUAGAUUCUAGGUGCACGAUGAGUCCUGGAAAAUAAAUGAAAAAAAAAAUGAAAUAUUGCCUCUCAGUUUUCUUUCAUUUAAAUGCCCCAGUUGUAUUUUAGAUGACAGUUCAUCAUAUAAAAUUGGCAAAAAGAUGAAUAUACUUCCCCUUUAAGAUAAAAUAACAUGCACGGACCACAAUGUAUGCAACAACUACCAAUUAAUAUUCACAAAUUGUGUUUUUUUGCACUUGCGCUGUGGGUGUAUUGUAUGUUUAAGUAGUUAAAAUACUAAUUACCAGGUCAGGGCAGCAAGGAAUAGUAUGCAGUCUUUUUCACUCAUCGCUUGUUUUGGCUGAGUUUGAGCAUCCCUGAUCAAAUUCAUGUUAUCCAUCUUCGCUGAAUUGUUGACCCAACUCUGUAAAUGUGUGGUUGUUCAGUGUGAUAUAGUGAUAGAUGAUGAUGUAUUUAAAGAAAUGAUCAGCUGAAGUUAAUCUCAUGAAGUCUAUCUUUAAUAUGUAAAAAAGUAUAUUUUUCUGGGAUAUACGUGGGAUAUGGGAUAUAUAUAUAUAUAUAUACAUGUGUUCAAUAUGCUUGCAUUACUGGGAGAGAUUUUAACUUCAGGGUGUGCCUCUGUUUGUGUAUCCACCUGAUGGCCUCACAUAUGCAAUAGAAAACAUCCGUGUCAGCUGCUCAUGCUGCAGGAGACUUUUGCACACACAUUACAGAGGUGUGUAACUCUGUCAGUGCAAAUGGGUGUGCUCCUCCUGCUUUAGGGCUAAUGAGUUUUCGCAUUAGAGGAGGUGCACCUCUUGUCACAUUGAACACCGACUUCAUACGGUGAACACACUAGUAAGAGAUUACCAACUCGAUGUUUGAGUGGUGUGUGUGUGUGUGUCAAGUGUUGUUUACAGUGUACGUUGUUAAAAACCCACUCAUCCCUGACACAAAUGCUGAGCAGGAAAUUUUAGCUGUUUUGCUCCGUCACACUAAAGAGCUGCAUGCCCGCAAAGCAUCCUUAGUAGAGCACUUGAAUUUAUGUACUAAACGCUGCAUAGUAAUGAAUUUAAAAUACAAUGAUUGUGGAUGUAAAAGGGAUUGUAGCAACAGUGGUACAAUGUAGUAUUCAUGAAUGCAUUGAAAUAGACCACACUUUUAAUCAGUUUACUUGCAUAUAAACAGUUAACCCAGUGUAAUGGUCUUUUGACUAUUUUUUCAGACAAGCAGGAUGUACAGUAAACCAGUGGCAGACUCCAUGUGGACACAGGCAGUGGCUUGGGUUUGCGCGCUCAAACCAAGCAUUGAGAUCCGAUGGCAUGCACUGCAGGACAGUGUUUCAGAGUUCAGCCUCACUAGUCAUGCUGUCUCUCAAUAUUUGAAGUUGAGGUCCAUGCAUUAGCAAUGGUCAGCAUACCAAACAUUUGCGCUUUGUUUGCUACAUCAUGACAUUUUUCUUUUCUCAGCGUUAAUAUUAUUAUGUAUUGUGUUUGGGCGGGCUUUUAUGCUAUGGGUGAAACUGCACUAUAACCUUUGCUGUGCUGCUGUAGGAGUUACUAGGAUAUGAAUUGCUGUUAUAAGAGCAGGCAUUACAGGCUGCUUCUUGAGGUGUGUAUUGGAAUUUGCGUUUUCUUACUGUGCUUGACAAAGUCUCAUUUACGGUGGUAAGCCAUAGGAAUGUAUUCAAUGGCUGGUAGCUUUUAUUGCUUACAUGCAAAUAGCCUACUUUCUGAAUUUCAUUAUUAUUUUUUUCUUUUGAUAUUUUACAGCUGUUGAAUUUGUGGCGCAGAAAUGUCAAGAACAAAACUGGAGGGUUGGGCUAGGGUUAAAAUCCGCCUGUAAACAGCUUGUGACUGUACUGUACCACCGAUAACAUGUUGCACCCAUCAGAUCUAGCCAAAGAUGAGACGGGUAUGAUUUUUACAGGAGUGAAGAAGAUUCGUGCACAGCUUUUUAACUUUUUGUUUCAGCUUUAUUUCAUGGACCUCUGCCAGGCUUUCCUCAUGCAGUAACAUACGUUUUCUUUAUUUAUAGCAGUGGUUCUCAACCUCUUCCCCGUCAGCACACCCAUCGUUUUUCGGAAAUCUCACCAACUUCUGCAUGAUCAGCAAAACUGAAGUAGCUGAUUCAGCUCUGGAUAGGUCCCAAAUUCCUUUCACAGUUUGAUGAGUUAGUUUAAUUGAUUUUAGGAAAGUUCUUUCCGUAAAUUUCAAGAUAAAAUUUACCUUAUGUUAUAGUAGGUUAUAACACUCCGGCUGAGAACCCACUGAUCUAUAACUUAGAUUAUGCAUGCCAUGAAAAAUAUCAUAUAUUUGCAAACUGAAGGCACAAAUGUACAGACAAUCUUUAUGUUGUUCUUACACUCCAUGAAUAUUUUGGUUCUUUCAUGUUGCUGUGUACAUAUAAUAACCUUGUUAUAUCCCUGUAGUUGUCAGUAUUGGUGCACAGUGUUUCUCCCCUCUAUUUUGUAUUGUGUUUAAAUAUAUUUCCUUACAGUGAAAUGUAUUUACUGAGAGCAAUAGAAUAAAAUAUCUAACUGAAAUGUCUAAA